AUGUCUUCUAUACCUUCUUCGCCACCUUUUAGUUGGAGCUCAGAGAAUUCGAGCGGAGAAAACUCCAGAUCCCAACCGCCUGGAGGUGUCGCCAGCUUGCAUGUUGGUGCAGCGGAUGUCCCUCUCAUCCCUGACCACGUUACUGGCCACGACCCUGGUCACAUCGCUAGUCACAUCGCUGAGCCCAUUGAAACCUCGAAUAAUGACUUUCACCGAUUUGAUGAGGAUCCCAACUUCAAAGACUCUCAUGGAAGAACGGCUUUGCUCUAUCUCACCCAGCACAUAGUGCCUCAAUAUGAAAUUAUCAAGGAGCGUAUCCGUACCGGGGCCUUGCCCAAAGCUUCAUGCCCCCAGAAGUGCUGCACACCGCUUAUCAACGUUAUCAAAAGAGCGAACCUCGGUAGAGAAGAAGACAAGAGAGUCAUCAGGUAUCUCACUCUCAGAGAAAUAGCCGGCGUCAAUUUGGACAACUCUCGAUACGGUUCGGCCUUGAACAAAGCAUGCUACGACGGCAACUUGGAAAUGAUCAGGUUUCUUACUCGGGAAUGCGGCGCAAGCGCAGGCUUUAUCUCAAAGGGUUUGUUCGGCAGUGCCUUGCAGGCUGCAUGCCUGUCCAAGGCGGAUAAGUACGUCAUAUGCGAUAUGAUCCGACAUCUCGCAGGAGAAGCCAGAGCGGAUAUCAACGCAAAAUGUGGAUUCUUCGGCACGGCGCUCAACAUAGCUUGCCUGUUGCAAUCUGACGAACCUUGGAAGCUCAUCUUAGACACGCUUAGAGGUCACUCGAAUAUCGCUGAUCCGAUGGGCCGUUUGCCAAUUCACUUCGCAGCUCUCUUCUCAUACAGCAGAUACAGGCUCAUUUCCCGGCAGCCCCGACUGAGGACCGUGCCUUUGCUUUCCGCAGACAAGACCGGUCGCACUGUUCUACACUGGGCAGCUCAAAGCGGAGAUGUUAACACCGUCAUAGACAUUCUCACAUCUGACAAAAUCAAGGUCGAUGUCGAUCAAGCCGACAAGCAUGGCUGGACGGCGUUAUGCUGGGCUGCUCGGGGUCUGACAUCAGGGGCAAAGCUCGAGGAAAGAUCUCCUCAGGGUCAAGCAGACAUUAUUAAAUACCUUCUCAGGCGCGGUGCCGAUAUCACGAUAUCGGUUCCGGGAGAUGCAGGUCAGAGUUGGACUCCAUUGCAAAUCGCUAUUUUCCACAGCAGUGGGGAAAAUGUCAUUGCCGCUUUGGCUGAAUCGACCUCGACGGAGGAAAAGUCAAAAAUAUUCACGGAAUCAUCUUCUCUACAGACGGGUUAUGUACACGACAAACCAGCUUGCAUUUGUUGUCGAUCGCUCAUUAUUGGCACAGCAUGGUCCUGCCAGUCUUGUGUGGACUUCAAGCUUUGUUUCAAAUGUUACUUCGUUCGCGAAGAAAUUCAUCCUGGACUUCCACCAGGUCCUAAUCAUCUUCAAGAUGAUCUUCAUGAGUUCCAGAAGAGCGAUUUGGUAUUCGGCGAUGGCCUCUAUCAGGAAGUUCUGAAGACAUGGAUGAAGAGGUGA